UCUAAACAGUUGCCGCUGCGGCCAACAUUCGCUGAGUAGCCGUGGUUAUAGCCAAGCGUGCGAUUCGUGCUAACGCAAAAAAAUUAAAUAAAUAAAAACCGAACUUGACUUGGCUGAACGCAGCGUUUUAUCAAUAACAUGAACUACCUCACUCCGCCGGCCCACAACAGUGGCGUCGGCAGCGGCAGCGGCAGCGGCAGCAAUACGCCGCGAAUGACCAGUCGGUCGGCUUCGCCGUUUCGCCGCAACCGGGCGAAUUCAUUGACGCCCACACAGGAUACGCCAGAUCCAUCGCCAUUGACCUCGCCGCAGCCGCUGCGCAAGCGUCCGCCACGCCACACGCAGCUAAACGAGAUCUUUCGCCCGCGCUGCAACACGGAUCCCAGCCGGACCCACAGUAGCAGCAGCAGCAGCAGCAGCAGCAGCAGCAACAUUAAAAAGUCAGCGGCGACGCGCAGCGUUUUGGGCUCGCUGCUGCGACAGACGCUGAAAGUGACAACUGCAUCGGUGGGCUUCAGCGCCAGCGAGGAGCGAUUAACACAACUUGCCACAACUGGUUCGCUGAGCGACAAUGCGAAACGGAAGCAUUCCAGGCAAUGGGCGUGAUCUCUGGCCCGAUCUAUGAACUCCUCAGCAGCGAUUUCCGCAUGUCGCAGUAUAUAAUCUGACAUGGAUUCAGAAUUGAGCUAGAGCGCAGCCUCAAGUUGAACGACCUUAUCGCCCCUUAUAGACUUGGGAUUACAGAUUAUAUAUGGUGCGAGAGGGGGGGGAGAGAACUAGUUGUUGAUAAUCAGGCGUAUCUAUCGGGCGCAUUGUUUGACUAAGUGUCGUGCUCUGAUUUAUUAGACCAGCCAUAUCGAUAUACUAUAUAUAUAUAUAUACUAUAUAUAUUCUAUAUAUAUCUGACUACGUCAAUUGCAGCGUCAGAGAGCGAGAUGUUUUGAUUAAAACUCUUUUGUCUUCGCAUAGUCGUGACUGAUAGCACGAUCGCAUCUCUUCGCAAAUGUAUUUCACUUGUGCUCCGAUGCCUUAUACUAUAUAGAAAUAUAUAUAUAUGUACUUUGUUUAUGGUCCGCAGUUUUGGGGAAUUGUGUCAAAAUAUUUGGUUGCGCAUACAAUUUAAUUUGUUUCUCAGUAUUUGGAUGGUCUUCACGCCUAGGCAGAAAUCCUAAUCUGGAUUUAGACACGAACAAUUCUCAUCUGAGAUUCAAUAUAAUAUAGCUUCCCAGACGGGCCCUAAUGAUAAUCCUGUGAAGAUAAUCCACAGCUUAAGGAAUUAGCUUGGCAGGAAUUCCUUUACUGGGAUGUAGCAUAGACAAAGGUCGGAGGUAAUCUGGAUGAAUAAGAACUUGGAUGCGCCAUAGCUGGAAUCUAGUUUAAAAUUGUUCAGAUUAUUUGAGAAUUCCCUGAAAUCGGAACUAACACACAUCCUAUCAGGCCCCAUCCCGACACGACAGCCUUUCGAUUCGCAAACAGAUUAUUCCUAUUGGGAAGAUUUACUGGAUAGUUCAUGGAGCUUUUAUAGCGAGAAUCUACUCAAAAAAAAAAAAAACAGAAGACUUGAGGAGUUUACGUUCCUGAUACGUUAGAGCUAGGUGCAGUUAUUUCAGUUGUGUUAGUCCCGAUGUCAAGGAAUUUCCAAAUUCUUGAGCUACUUUCCAGCGUUCACGUAGAAUACCUGAGCUGGGAAUAUAUUCAAUGUGUUUCUUCAAUAGUUGUUGGGACAAUGACAAAUCUUUCGCUCUAGCUCGAGCCGAGCUCUCCAGCCAGGAUCUAAUCCAAAGGAAGCAACAUAUAGGAAAAUUAACUUGAGUUCCAUUAGGCACAUAUAAUAUUAUUAUUGAAAUAGGGAAAUAAGAAAGUUAAUAGAGGAAAAGCAUGAAGGAAUAUAUAAUAGAUAGUUGCUGUGAGAAUAUGGACUAGCAUAGAUACUAUAGACAGUUAGACAGAGUUAGUCAUGGGAAGGCCGAAAAGGUGCUUUUCCGGGUUCCAAUUAGAUAUUACGAAUUGGCCAGGUGUGCGAGGCGCAGUAAUAUCGAUAGAUAGAUAGGGCAUAUAGUAUACAUGUUCGUAUCAUAAUUUACUUUAGUUCAUUAGCCAGGUGUACAGCAUAUUUUGCUGUCAUAUCUGCUGAAAUGCCGAACACCUGGAAACUAUUAGUCAUAUGCUUUUUUGCAGGGUGCAAAGAUUAAUUUUCAUUUCUGUGUUUUUCGUUUUUUUUUUACCCUUACGCAACUUUGCUAUCAAUGUGACGUUUUAUUGUUGAAUUGAUUUGCGUUCACCUGGAAAAGUUGCCAAGUGCCAAAGUUUUCCUUGACCAACUCGUUUUCACUUUGAGCUUUAGUUUUCGCUCUUGCCCUUGCUUUGAUCCCAGCGCAGUUCCCCUCGAACCGUCGACCUGCCCACAGAUACAAUCUCGUAUCUUUUAAUGAGACUAUUAAACAAACAAAACGCCCCAUGAAAGUGACGCCCCACAUAAAAGCCAAACAAGUUAACAGUGCGCGAGUCGUGAGUGCCGCACUCGUAGAUACCCUCUAAACAGGCCUCAAGUCCACGAAAAAUAAACACAUCGUUGUAAUCGAUAUUUAUCGAUUUAAGAAAUCUGGAAUUGACUUAAUCCAAACUAAGUUUGCUUGCAUUCCAAAUGUGUGUUAUUUAGCUUUUAUAGAUAUAGUCUAGAAAGGAAUCAGGAAAUCGAUAUUUAUCGAUUUGCCAGCAAACCAAAAUUUACUUAAUGUGGAAAAUAUGUUUGUCUAUUGUUUAGGGUAAAUGAUAAUCCAAAUGUUAUAUAUUGUAUAUUCAGCUCUUAUAGAUUAACUAAGGAAAGCGUCUCAGGAUAUCGAUAUUUAUCGAUUUGGCUAAUUUACGAAAUUUGGAAAUUUGGAAAAUAAUAAUCUGUUCACAAUCGAUUUUUAUCGAUUCGGCAAAGAUUGAAGCUGUAUGUGUUGAUCUGCAUUUGAAACUGUUUAAUAUCGAUAUUUAUCGAUUCUUAAAUUUAACCUUAAAUACGGUAAUCAGCUUAUUAGAUUAUUCCUAAUUGAUAUCGAUAUUUAUCGAUUUGGAAGAUACGAAAAGAACUGUAAAUACAUUUGAUCUGCGCGAACAUCCUAGUUUGACUAAUUUGAGUGUCAACCAGUUUAGGCUAGCUGUGGAUACCCUGCCCUAUCUUCUACGUGAAUAAGCACAACCUUAUCAAAGUCAUCUGUAUCUAACUCUUAUGGGGGUACAGGGUAUAUACAGAGGCCUCAACAGAUCAAGAGUUAGACAAAGUGAAGGUUGCGGUUUUGCAUAGCUCAUCAUCAUGACUAGCGCCUGUGUGUGUGUGUGUGUGUGUGUGGUUUUGAGAGGGGGGGAUUCGCCACGGCGAAUUCAGUUUAGUGCAGCAGUUAACAACAGUGUUGCCAUAUCGCAUAAACGCUUGCCCACUUAUCUUUGGAUUUUUAUCGAAAAUAAUACGGUAAAAGUUCAAUUAAGACUAGAGAACAUCGGCUCGUGGGUGCCUGUUGGCCAGGGGGCGUGCUAAGAUAGCACAUUAUUGUUGGUCAGGUGAGGGCGCAAACGGGUUAUUUGUAUUGCUCUUUCGCUUUAGUCUUAGUCUCAGUCUUUCGUCUGUUGUAUUUUAAUGCUGUAUAAUUAUUAUUUUUCGCCUUAAUUAUUUUUGCACAAUG